CCAUCUGCAGGUAAAAGAGCCAAAGUCUAUAGUCGUAAUCACAGGGUGAAAUGCUCUGCGGCCGCAGGGAAGGGGGUAAUAUUAAUCUGCUGGUAUCCCUUUACCAGCAGAUUAUUCCCCCCAUCCCUGCAGCCGCAGAGCAUUUCACUCUGUGAUGAAAGGUGGAAUAUCCUGCAGAUGUGGAGAUCUGCUGACAGAGAAGUCAAGGGGAAAUAGUCUGCAGCUGUGAGAAAGGCAUGAUCAGCAACUACAGCGAGAAGAGAAACUAAUCUGCAGCUGAAGAGGGUGAAAUAGUCUGCAGAUGUAUGAGUGACAUGAAGGAGAGGGAGUAAUCAACUGCAGCUAGAGGGACAGAAUGUAAGGGUCUGCAGCUGUACAGGGAGGAAUAAUCUGCAGGGACAGGGUGAAAGGGUCUGCAGCUGUACAGAGAGGAAUAAUCUGCAGCUAUAGACACAGGGUCAAAGGGUCUGCAGCUGUACAGGGAGGAAUAAUCUGCAGCUCUAGGCAGAGGAUGAAAGGUCUGCAGCUGUACAGGGAGGAGGAAUGCUCUGCAUCUCUGGGGUUGUUGGACAUUUGUCUGUCUUCUCUACAGAGCGAUGAUGGAACAGAUAAAGGCAGACAACUCCCAUCCUCCGAGGAGGAGUCCACACCACGUCCACUCACCGCGCCGCCACUCUCUAGCACCGGCGUCUACCGCAGGGAACAGCGUAAUCCCACCGCGAAAAUACCCGGUCAUCAGACAGCGAGGCUUCUACUCCGAUAUCCUGAGCGACGGCGCCGCCCCUCUGGUCAGGGAUGUCAACUCCGGGCCGUGUGUGCAGCAGAAUCUCCUCCGACAAGCGGAUCAGAAGCGCCAUACUCCGACAGUCAGCAGCUUUGUGGCCCCGUCUGAUCUUCAGUCGAUCCUGGACAGGCAGGUCUGUGGCCCCACAACCGAGGUGCUGGUGAAAUCCGACUUCUCCAAGAGGGGCCACGAGCCGAAAGUCCAGCUGCCCUUCACCAUGCCACCUGGGCAGUGCCCCCGGAAUAUCGAGCUGGAGAGGAGGAGACGUGAAUUCCUCAACCUGAACAUAUCUCAGCUGCUCGCCAGUGAAGGGAUAGACUCCAAUCUGCUGGUGCCCCGGAGCGGUGACCCCAGCGACCUUCCCUGCACCCCGAAUAGCAGCGGACAGCUUCUCCCUCCAUAUCUACCUCUGGAGGUUUUUGAUAAUGAAGAAUUUGAUGUUCGGACCUCGACUGAUUGGCUGAGUCUAGGAUAUGACGAGGGGUCGAGUGUGAGAAAACCUGUGCCAGGGCAAGCACUUCUCCCAGUAGACGACGUCCUAGGACACGAAGAUCCAAAGGACCCGCAGUUGGAGUAUAAAUGGUGUAACGUCGGCGUCCUGGAACACGAUGAGCAGAAGAAGCUUUACUUAGUCCAGAAGUCCACAGGCACCCGGCUCCUGACCGCGGGAGACUGCAGAGCGCCACACACAGGGGCGUCCUCGCCGGCCUCCGUCCAGUACUGGGUUCCCCGGAUCAGGCUGCUGUUUUGCGCUGAGAAUCCACGUGUUUUUGUGCGGAGGAUUGUUGCGGCCGACCGGCUGCGGAAGAAGACGGAGGCUCUGCUCCUGUACAACCUGUAUGUGGACUGUAUGCCGGCAGCAGGGAGCCGCCAGAUCACAGCGGAGUGCCUCAGCAGGAUGAAGCAGCGGCUGCUGAGCACAGCGCGCCUGAGGAAGGGCGACCACAUGCAUCACCAGCUGGAACAUCUGGAGAUGGAGAUCGGCCUGGACUAUGAGCGCACCAUGAACCAGCUCGUGUUCGACCGACUCGUCUCCUCCAAGCCCCAGGCGUUUCCGUAUGUUACCCUCCCAGACAGAGCCGAGGACGGGGCCCUGAGCAAAGGAUUCAUUGAUGUUCCCAAUUAUUCAUUUGCCAAGAAGCGGGCUUCGUUCACGUUCACCACCCUGCUGACCCGGUCAGAGGUCAUCACCUCCCUCUGCAAAGUGCGAGCUGAAUGCAGCAAGGCGUCCGUCAUGUCUCUCUUUCAUCCCACCCUGGCCAAGUGCGUCCGGCUGGAGGAGUUUGAGCAGACGCAGUCCCAGGCCUUCUCUCAGGUCCAGUUGUUCCUGAAGGACAGCUGGGUGAGCACCCUGAAGAACGCCGUUCGCAGCAGCCUGAGGGACGUGGGGAAAGGUUGGUACGACCUCAGCGAGUGUAACUGGGAGGUAUACCGCAUGUCCAAGCUCCGGCAGCUGAUGGAACUCAUCAAGUUCAACCUGCAGGACUCUCUGCGCUUCCUGGUACAAGAUUCCAUCGUCAGCUUCACCCAGUUCAUAUUAGAUGCGUGUUACAGCGUCUUAUCGUGUCCUGAGGAGCUGGACUGGGGCGGGGACCUCAUCAACAGCCCAUACAAACCUCGGAGAAAUCCGAUAUUCCUGCUGGACCUGGUGCUGGACGGCUCCGGGGCCCACUUCAGCACUCCGCUGGAGAACUUUGAGAGCUCGCUGGUGACUUUGUUUGAUAAAGGGAUCCUGGCAACUCACAGCGUCCCCCAACUGGAGAAGUUUGUGCUGGAGGACCUCUUCAUUAGUGGCACUCCGCUGCUGGAGUCUGUCGGUCUGCAUGAACCCGCGGUGGAGGAGCUGCGUAAUAACAUCCGCACGGCCAUAUGUAAAGCUUUGAUACCACUGAAAGCCUACGCAAAACAGUACGAGAAGUACCUGGACCUCAACAACACGGACGUGGAGACUUACAUGGAAGCCUUCCGAGCAAAGAACCCCACAGCGCCAGAGGUGAGACGAGCCGCCGAGGAGCAUCUGCUAGAGAAGGAACGCCUGGACAACGCUCUUCCCAACUCGAUCAUAGUCGGCCCCUUCCAGAUCAACAUAGAAGGGGUGAAGCAGAAUCUGUCCCGGAAAAGAAAGGCCCUGUCCAACGCCCUGCUGGAGCUAUUCGCCAAGAACGUGCACAAGGAGGUGGAGGAGAUUUCAGAGCAGUUCCGAACCAUCAGUCGCAAACUGUACGACAAGCCAAAUAGUGUUGAGGAGUUGACUGAUCUGCGGGAGUGGAUGAAGGGGGUACCCGAGCAGAUUAAAUCUCUGGAGGAGCAAAUAGUCAAAGUGCUGGGGGAUUACGAGGUGAUAGAUGCGUUCUUCUACAGCUUGUCCCAGGAGGACUUCAGUGCCAAGUGGUUCGUCAUUGCCUGGCCCCAUAAGGUAUCGACAACUAUGGAAACCUUGCGGGAGCAACACCUGGAAGAUGAGGAGAGAUUCCGUAAAAUCCAGGUUAUGGACCAGAACAAUUUCUUGGAGAGACUGGACACCUUGCAGAUGGUUGUUGCCGGAUUCUCCACCUACGUUGAUAUAAACCGCGCUCAUGAGACCGCCAAUGAGGUCCGACGGGUUCACAAGCAGCUUAUAGAGUCUCAGCAGCUGGCUCAGCUCUACAACAACAGGGAGAGGCUCUUUGGCCUCCCAGUCACCAAUUAUGACAAGCUGGUAAGACUGGUUAAAGAAUUCCAGCCCUUCCGAGACCUGUGGACCACUGUCUCCGACUGGAUGCGCUGGUACGAGAGCUGGAUGAACGACCCUCUUUCCACCAUCGAUGCGGAGCAGUUGGAAAAGAAUGUAAUGGAGUCUUAUAAAAACAUGCACAAGUGUGUAAAAUAUUUCCGAGACAUUCCAGCCUGCCAGGAGGUGGCCCAGGACAUCAAAGGACGAAUUGAAAAGUUUAAGCCCUAUAUCCCAUUAAUACAAGGUCUGCGAAACCCCGGGAUGAGGAACCGGCACUGGGAGAUUUUAUCGGAACAGAUAAAGAUAAACGUCAAACCCAAGUCCAACCUCAACUUCACUCGCUGCCUGGAGAUGAAGCUCCAAGACCACAUCGAAAGCAUCGCCAAGGUGGCCGAGAUCGCAGGGAAGGAAUUCUCCAUUGAGCAGGCUCUGGACAAGAUGGAGGGAGAGUGGUCUUCAGUACUGUUCAAUGUCCUGCCCUAUAAAGAGACAGGGACGUUUAUCCUGAAGAGCCCAGAAGAAGCCUCUCAGUUGUUAGAUGACCACAUUGUCAUGACCCAAAGCAUGUCCUUCUCUCCCUACAAGAAGCCUUUCGAAGAUCGGAUCAGCACCUGGGAGAGCAAACUCCGACUGACGCAGGAUGUGUUGGAGGAAUGGCUGACCUGCCAGCGCUCCUGGCUCUACUUGGAACCCAUCUUCAGUUCAGAUGACAUUAACAGACAACUGCCGGUGGAAAGUAAACGCUACCAGACCAUGGAGAGGACCUGGAGGAAAAUCAUGCGCAAUGCAGAAGAGAAUAAACAGGUCAUUUCCUUGUGCCCAGAUCCUCGUCUCCUGGAAAGUCUUAGAGAAUGCAACAAACUGCUGGAACUGGUGCAAAAGGGACUCAGCGAAUAUUUGGAGACCAAGAGAGGAGCAUUUCCCAGGUUCUACUUCCUUUCUGACGAUGAACUCCUGGAAAUCCUCUCCCAGACCAAGGAUCCCACCGCCGUGCAGCCGCACUUACGCAAGUGCUUUGAGAACGUUGCACGGCUGUUGUUCCAGCCGGAUCUACAGAUCACUCACAUGUACUCCGCGGAGGGCGAGGAGGUGCAGCUGUGCAAAGCCAUCUACCCAACGGGCAAUGUGGAGGACUGGUUACUGGAGGUGGAGAAGGUCAUGAAGGCCAGUGUGCGAGAUUACAUAGAGAGAUCUAUAAAGGUCUAUCCGGAGACUCCUCGUUCAGAGUGGGUGAUGAACUGGCCGGGUCAGGUCACCAUAGCCGGAUGUCAGACAUUUUGGACUAAAGAAGUGUCUGAAGCCUUGGAGGCUGGAGAUCUGUCCACCAGGCUCUUUCCACAGCUGGAGGCUCAGCUCGGUGACCUUGUCGCUUUGGUCCGAGGUAAACUAUCUCGAAUGCAACGAUCCAUCCUCUCUGCCCUCAUUGUGAUUGAGGUCCACGCAAAAGACGUCGCCGCUCGCCUGGUCGAGGAAAAUGUCAACAGCGUCAAUGACUUUGAGUGGAUAUCCCAGCUCCGGUAUUACUGGAGCCGCGAUGACCUGUAUGUGAGAGCGGUCAAUGCUGAGUUCCUAUAUGGCUAUGAAUACCUUGGAAAUACAGGACGCCUGGUCAUAACGCCGCUGACGGACAGGUGCUAUUUGACACUCACUGGCGCCCUGCAUUUAAAGUUUGGGGGCGCCCCUGCUGGACCCGCUGGAACAGGGAAGACAGAGACCACAAAAGACCUGGGGAAAGCUCUCGCAAUCCAGACUGUUGUGUUCAACUGCUCCGACCAGCUGGACUUCAUGGCCAUGGGCAAGUUCUUCAAAGGUUUAGCCAGCUCCGGAGCCUGGGCUUGCUUUGACGAAUUCAAUCGGAUUGACAUUGAGGUGCUGUCUGUGGUGGCCCAGCAGAUCACCACGAUCCAGAAGGCUCAGCAGCAACGUGUGGACCGCUUCAUGUUUGAGGGGGUGGAGAUCCCGCUUGUGUCGACCUGCGCUGUUUUCAUUACCAUGAAUCCUGGAUACGCCGGCCGCACAGAAUUACCGGAUAACCUGAAGGCGCUCUUCCGUCCCGUGGCGAUGAUGGUGCCAGAUUACGCCAUGAUUGCGGAGAUCUCCUUAUAUUCAUUCGGAUUUAACAAUGCCAAGAUUUUAGCAAAGAAAAUAACGACAACUUUCAAGCUUUCGUCGGAGCAGCUGAGUUCUCAGGAUCACUAUGAUUUCGGAAUGAGAGCCGUAAAAACAGUCAUUUCUGCUGCUGGAAACUUGAAGAGAGAGAAUCCGACCAUGAAUGAGGAGCUAAUCUGCCUCAGAGCUAUCCGAGAUGUCAACGUGCCCAAGUUCCUGCAGGAUGACCUGAAGCUCUUCAGUGGGAUCGUGUCAGACCUUUUCCCAAGGAUUGAGGAGGAACCUAUUGAUUAUGGAAGCCUGGAGGAGGCAAUUCGUAACACCUGCUCCCAGAGAAACCUCAAGGAUGUGGAUGGAUUUGUAACCAAGUGCAUACAGCUCUAUGAGACCACCGUGGUACGACAUGGCCUGAUGCUUGUGGGACCUACUGGUUCAGGAAAGUCGGAGUGCUAUAAGGUCCUCGCAGCUGCUAUGUCAUCCCUGAAGGGUCUUCCUUCUGUCAGUGGAGGGACCUACGAGAACGUUCACUACUAUGUCUUAAAUCCCAAGUCCAUCACCAUGGGUCAGCUGUACGGAGAGUUUGAUCUUCUCACCCAUGAAUGGACGGACGGGAUCCUCUCAUCGCUCAUCCGAGGAGGCGCCUCAUCUUCAGAUCCAGACAAGAAGUGGUACAUGUUCGAUGGCCCCGUAGACGCCGUUUGGAUUGAGAACAUGAACACGGUGCUGGAUGACAAUAAGAAGCUGUGUCUGAGCUCGGGGGAGAUCAUAAAGCUGACCGAGGCCAUGACCAUGAUGUUCGAGGUCCAGGAUUUGGCCGUUGCUUCUCCGGCUACAGUUUCCCGCUGUGGCAUGGUGUACCUGGAACCCAGUAUUCUUGGACUCGGCCCAUUUACCGAAUGCUGGCUUCGUCAUAUCCCCCCCGUCAUGAAACCCUACGUGGAGCAGUUGGAGUCUUUGUUCUCACGGUUCCUGCAGGGUUCCAUCCAGUUUGUGCAUUGUACAGUGAAGGAAGUCAUCGCCUCCACCGCCAGUAACCUGGUGACGAGUCUCCUUAAGCUGCUCGAGUGUUUCUUUGAACCUUUUAUUCCAAGAGAGGGACUGAAGAAAAUCCCCCAAGAAAAGCUGGAUCGCAUCGGGGAGCUGGUGGAAAGCUGGUUCCUAUUCUCCCUGAUCUGGAGCGUGGGAAUCACCGGCGACUCUGAUGGCCGCGUGCUCUUCAACACGUUUUUGAGGGAAAAAAUGAUUUCUGAGAAGGUGACAGUGCUCUUCCCAGAAGAAGGCCUGGCCUAUGACUAUGUGCUGGAUGAUGCUGGCAUAAGCAACCUUGCGGAGGAUGACGAUGAGGACACGCGGAGGAAGGUGCGCUGGGUGAACUGGAUGGAGUCCUCCGCUCCUUUCUCCAUAGCUCCUGACACCAGCUAUGCCGACAUCAUCGUGCCCACUCUGGACACCAUACGAAUGUCUCAUCUCCUGGGGAUGCUGCUGGCCAACAAGAAGCCGGUUCUGUGUGUGGGUCCUACAGGUACAGGGAAGACCCUGACCAUCUCCGACAAGCUGCUGAAGAACAUGCCCCAGGAAUAUAUCAGCCACUUCCUUAUGUUCUCUGCAAGAACCUCGGCCAAUCAAACUCAGGACCUGAUCGACAGCAAACUAGACAAAAGGAGGAAGGGGGUGUUCGGACCACCCCUAGGGCGCUAUUUUAUCUUCUUCAUUGAUGACAUGAACAUGCCGGCCCUGGAAACAUACGGAGCACAGCCACCUAUCGAGCUCUUGAGACAGUGGAUGGACCAUGGAGGAUGGUAUGACCGCAAGCAGAUAGGAGUCUUCAAGAAAUUAGUGGACAUUAAUUUUCUGUGCGCCAUGGGACCCCCCGGAGGCGGCAGGAAUCCGGUGUCGCCUCGUCUCACACGUCACUUCAACUACUUGUGCUUUACGGAGAUGGGCGACAGCAGCAAGAAAAGGAUCUUCUCCUCCAUUCUGGGAAGCUGGAUGGCAGGGGCCCCGGCGAUUCAGCCCCUCACAGAGCAGCUGGUGGAGGCUACAAUCAGAAUGUACAAGACCAUCACAUCACAGCUGCUCCCCACCCCAGCAAAGUCUCACUACACGUUCAACCUCCGAGACCUGUCCAAGGUUUUCCAAGGAAUAUUGAUGGCUGAACCAGCUAAGAUCAAGGACAAGGUUUGUCUUCUGAAGCUUUGGUACCAUGAAUCGUGCCGGGUUUUCCAGGACCGGCUGGUGAACGAUGAAGACCGGAAAUGGUUUGAUGACCUCAUGAAGGGACAGAUGCAGGAAUUCGGAGCCGCCUUCGAGGAGGUGAUACCACAGCAGCCCGUACUGUACGGUGAUUUUGUGACCUCUGGAUCAGAUGCCAAAUCAUAUCAGCUGCUUGAAGACCGAGAAAUGCUCCUUCGUGUCAUGACGGAUUACAUGGAAGAUUAUAAUCAGAUCAACACAGCAAAGAUGAAGUUGGUCCUUUUCCUAGACGCCAUUCAACAUAUUUGCCGCAUCAGUCGGGUCCUGCGCCAACCGCUUGGCAACGCCCUGCUCUUAGGUGUUGGAGGAAGUGGAAGACAGUCCCUAACCAGACUAGCCAGCCACAUGGCAGAAUAUGAAUGUUUCCAGAUAGAAUUAUCAAAAAACUAUGGAAUCCCAGAAUGGAGAGAAGACCUUAAGGGAAUUUUGCUGAAAGCCGGGCUGCAGAAUACUCCCAUCACUUUUCUUUUCACUGACACCCAGAUUAAGAACGAGUCAUUCCUCGAAGACAUCAACAACAUCCUCAAUUCAGGAGACGUCCCCAACUUGUAUGGACCUGAGGAGCAGGAUCAGAUUGUCUCAGUCAUGAAACCAGUGGUGCAAGACAUGGGGCAACCGCCAACAAAAGCCAACCUAAUGGCGGCCUACACAAGACGAGUGAGGGGCAACAUCCACACAGUGCUGUGCAUGAGUCCGAUAGGUGAGGUGUUCCGCUCCAGGUUGCGGCAGUUCCCGUCCUUGGUGACUUGUUGCACCAUCGACUGGUUUGACGAGUGGCCAGCGGAAGCCUUACAGUCAGUAGCCUCUUCUUUCCUAAUGGAGAUCCCAGAGCUCGAGUCUCGAGAAUCAGUCGUCCAAGGCAUGAUCCAGAUGUGUGUGGAGAUGCACCAGUCGGUCGCGGUCAAGUCCAAGCAAUACUUGGCCGAGCUCUCACGACAUAAUUACAUCACACCCAAGAGUUACCUGGAGCUGCUGGGCAUAUAUUCCAGUCUGAUCGGUAAAAAACUGAUGGAGAUCAAGACGGCCAAGGAGAGGAUGAAGAGUGGGCUAGACAAGCUCCUUCACACCGCCGAGGAUGUUGCCAAGAUGCAAGAGGAAUUAGAGAUCAUGCGCCCAUUACUGGAGGAGGCGGCGCAGGACACGGUCACCACUAUGCAGAAAAUUGAGGAGGACACUGUAGUAGCUGAAGCCACCAGGACCAAUGUGCAGGUAGAAGAAACUAAGGCCACAGAGAAGGCGAGCAAAGCUCAGGAAAUUGCAGAUGAUGCCCAGAAGGACCUGGACGAGGCGCUGCCGGCUCUGGACGCGGCUCUCGCCAGUCUAAAGUCUCUUAAUAAGAAUGAUGUCACUGAGGUCAGGGCCAUGCAGCGUCCCCCAGUUGGUGUGAAACUUGUGAUUGAAGCCGUCUGCAUAAUGAAAGGCAUCAAACCAAAGAAAGUGGCUGGAGAAAAACCUGGAAGUAAAAUAGACGACUACUGGGAGCCGGGGAAGGGUCUGCUGCAAGACCCGGGCAAGUUCCUGGAGGGGUUAUUCAAAUUUGACAAGGAUAAUAUUCCAGAUGCUGUUAUAAAAGCCAUACAGCCCUACAUUGAUAAUGAGGAAUUUCAGCCGGCAGCCAUUGCCAGGGUCUCAAAGGCUUGUACCUCCAUCUGUCAGUGGGUUCGGGCCAUGCAUAAGUAUCACUUUGUGGCACAUGCCGUGGAACCCAAAAGACAAGCGCUGAAAGAAGCUCAGGAAGAUUUGGCAGUGACCCAGAAAAUCCUUGAUAAAGCCAAAGCUCGACUGAACGAAGUAGAAGAGGGAAUUGCAACUUUACAAGCAAAGUAUCGGGACUGUGUGUCCAAGAAGGAAGAGCUGGAACAGAAAUGUGACCAAUGUGAACAGAAACUGAUCCGCGCUGAUAAGUUGAUCACUGGCUUGGCUGACGAGCGUCAGCGCUGGCAAGAUACAGUCCUAAACCUGGAGAACCUGCUAGUCAACAUUACAGGAGAUCUGCUGCUCUGUGCUGGCUUCUUGGCCUAUUUAGGACCAUUCACGGGACAAUACCGGACAUCCCUGUUUGAGCAGUGGACCAAGAAGCUGAAGGAUCUGCAAGUACCUUGCACACAGGAGCCAUCCCUCAUAGGGACAUUGGGAGACCCCGUGAAGAUCCGCUCCUGGCAGAUUGCAGGACUUCCUAACGACACGCUGUCUGUGGAGAACGGAGUCAUAACCCAGUAUUCACAGCGCUGGUCUCAUUUCAUUGACCCGCAAGGCCAAGCCAACAGGUGGAUCAAAAACCUGGAGAAGGACAACGGCUUGGACGUGGUGAAGCUCAGUGACCGGGACUUUUUACGCAGUUUAGAAAACGCUAUCCGCUUUGGGAAGCCGUUUUUGCUGGAGAACGUAGGAGAGGAGCUGGAUCCUGCACUGGAACCUGUGCUGCUCAAGCAGACGUACAAGCAGCAGGGUAGCACUGUGCUACGCUUGGGUGAUGCCGUCAUUCCCUAUCACGAUGAUUUCAGGAUGUACAUCACAACCAAGCUGCCAAACCCUCAUUAUCCACCAGAAAUCUGCACCAAAGUCACGCUCAUCAACUUCACUCUCUCUCCCAGUGGCCUGGAGGAUCAACUCCUCGGACUAGUUGUGGCUGAAGAACGUCCAGAUUUGGAAGAAGCCAAGAACCAGUUAAUUCUAUCCAAUGCUAAAAUGCGUCAGGAGCUGAAGGAGAUCGAGGACCAGAUUCUCAUGCGCCUCAGCUCCUCACAAGGAAAUCCGGUGGAUGACGUGGAUUUGAUCAAAGUGCUGGAGGCCUCAAAGGUGAAAGCUGGAGAGAUCAAGGCAAAAGUUCAAGUUGCUGAGCAGACAGAAAGAGAUAUAGAUAUCACCCGGCACCAGUACGUCCCUGUGGCUGUAAGGACCCAGAUUCUGUUCUUCUGUGUCUCGGAUCUGUCCAACGUAGACCCCAUGUACCAGUACUCACUGGAGUGGUUCCUGGGUAUCUUCUCUGCGGCCAUUGCCAAUUCUGAGAGAGCAGAAUCUGUUGAGAAAAGAAUCGACAACAUCAACACCUACUUCACCUUCAGUCUCUACAGCAACGUCUGUCGGAGUCUCUUCGAAAAGCAUAAACUGAUGUUCUCAUUCCUGCUGUGCGUGCGGAUUCUCAUGGACAAAGGUCUCAUCGAUAUGGAAGAAUGGCGCUUCCUGCUGUCCGGCGGCACGGCCCCCACGCUGGCGGACAACCCCUGUGCCGAAUGGCUGACUGAGCGAGCGUGGAGAGAUGUCCAGGCCUUGAGCAUGCUGAGCAACUUCAGUAGCAUCAAAGAGGAAAUCAUUCAACACCAGGAGGAAUACAGACGGAUCUGCGACAGCUCCGAGCCGCAGCGGGAGCAGCUUCCUGGUGAAUUGGACCAGAAAUUAGAUUCCUUCCAAAAGCUGCUGAUUCUACGAUGUCUAAGAGGGGACAAAGUCACCAACGCCAUGCAGGACUACGUCUGCCAGCACCUGGGGCAAAGGUUCAUCGAACCUCAGACCGCAGACCUGGGAGCCGUAUACCGCGAGUCUUCACCUGUAACUCCGCUGAUCUUCAUCUUAUCGCCCGGCACCGACCCAGCCGCGGAUCUCUACAAAUUUGCUGAGGAGAUGAGGUUUUCCAAGAAGUUAACGGCUAUAUCUUUAGGUCAGGGACAGGGUCCUCGGGCUGAAGCCAUGAUGCGUAAUGCCAUGGAGCGCGGAAAGUGGGUGUUCUUCCAGAAUUGCCAUCUUGCCCCAAGCUGGAUGCCCUCAUUGGAAAGACUAAUAGAGAGCAUAGACCCAGAUAAGGUUCACCGGGACUUUAGGGUUUGGCUCACCAGCAUGCCCAGUAACCAGUUCCCAGUAUCCAUUCUGCAGAAUGGCUCUAAACUCACGAUUGAGCCUCCGAGGGGUGUGAAGGCAAACCUCUUGCGCACUUACCUGAGCCUGAGUGAUGCACAGCUUCAUGAAAGCAGGAAGGCUCCUGAAUUCAAGUCUUUGCUGCUGUCUCUCUGCCUUUUCCACGGGAGCCUACUGGAAAGGCGAAAGUUUGGACCGUUAGGGUUCAACAUUCCUUAUGAAUUCACGGACGGAGAUCUCAGAAUUUGCAUUUCUCAGCUGCGAAUGUUCCUGGAGGAAUAUGCAGACAUCCCCUAUAAGGUCCUGCGUUACACGGCUGGGGAGAUCAAUUAUGGUGGCCGCGUCACAGAUGACUGGGAUAGACGCUGCCUCCUGAACAUCCUGCAGGACUUUUACCAGCCUCCAGUCCUAGAAGAAGGUUACAAGUUCUCCGAGUCUGGAGUAUAUCAGCAGAUCAGUCCGGCCUACGACCUAAAUGGUUACCUGCAGUACAUCCGAUCUCUUCCUCUCAAUGAUUUGACAGAAUUGUUCGGACUCCAUGAAAACGCUAACAUCACUUUUGCUCAGAAUGAAAGCUUCGCCCUGUUAGGAUCUCUCGUGACCCUGCAGCCGCGCACACAGAGUACGGGAGGGAGUCGUGACGAGAUGGUGGAAGAAAUUGCAGAAGGGAUCUUGAAGAAGAUUCCACAGCUCAUCUCAGUGCAGGAUGUGAUGGCAAAGUACCCGGUCAUGUACCAGGAGUCCAUGAACACCGUGCUGAUACAAGAAGUUAUACGGUAUAACCGACUCCUCGGCAUCCUCUUCCAGACCCUGAGAGAUCUGCUAAAGGCAAUGAAAGGCCAGGUCGUCAUGUCCUCUCAGCUGGAGCUCAUGGCGAACAGUCUUUAUAACAACUCUGUGCCAGAACUGUGGAGAGCCAAGGCUUAUCCGUCCCUGAAGCCUCUGGCCUCCUGGGUCAUAGAUCUUCUACAGAGAAUCAACUUCCUUCAGAAGUGGAUCACGGACGGGAUCCCUUCUGUCUUCUGGAUCAGUGGACUGUUUUUCCCUCAGGCGUUCUUAACGGGAACUUUGCAAAAUUUUGCAAGAAAACACGUGAUUUCUAUAGACACAAUCUCCUUUGAUUUUAAGGUCCUCAGCGAGACUGUGGCGGAUCUGAAAGAGCGCCCCUCGGAGGGAUGUUAUAUACAUGGAUUGUAUCUGGAGGGAGCUUGCUGGGACAAGACUACUAUGCAGUUGUCAGAGUCGAGACCCAAAGAACUUUACACGGAGAUGGCUGUCAUCUGGCUCCUCCCUGUUGCAGAACGCAAGCCGCCCGUAUCGGGGACAUACCUGUGCCCCAUUUACAAGACACUGACAAGGGCAGGAACUCUCUCCACCACUGGACAUUCCACUAAUUACGUCAUUGCUGUGGAGCUUCCCAGCAGCAAGGCCCAGUCACACUGGAUAAAGCGUGGAGUGGCCCUAAUCUGUGCCCUGGAUUACUGAUGACGAUCCAAGGA